GGCGCUUCGGGAAGCGAAAGAGCGGCAUAACGGAGAAGUCGCCCCUCGGGCCGAGCGCGCCCCACAGUGUGCUUCGUGCGUGAGGACAGGCGGGCUGCGCGCAUUUCGCUCCCAGCUCAGAGUCAGGCGCCGGGAGCGCCUGAGGCGCCGCGCAAAAGGGCGCCACGGGGGGAGAGAGCGCGGGGAUUGCGCUGCAGCAGCCCGGGAAGCGGCUGAGCAGGAGCGGAGUCAUGUCGGAGGAGGCGGGCGGGCGUCGCCGCCGCCCUGCGCCCAGCCGCCGAGCCCCGGUGCCGCGUCUUCCCUGAGCGCAGCGGAAGAUGGAGAGCCUGAGGCGGAGCGGCCGGCGGGACCCCGGCUGCCGGGCCUGGUCCCUUUUAGCGCUGGUUGCGCUGCUGUCGAGGCCGGCGUCGGGCCACCCGCAGUGCCUAGACUUCAAGCCUCCCUUCAAGCCUCCGCGGCCGCUCGUCUUCUGCGUGCAAUACUCGGACUUCGGGUGCUGCGACGCGCAGCGCGACUCCGCCCUGUUGGAGCGCUACUACAGCGUCACCGGCCACCUGGACCAUGCCGCCUAUGCGGCGUGCGCCAGCUACCUGCAGGACCUCCUGUGUCAGGAGUGCUCCCCUUAUGCUGCUCACCUGUAUGAUGCUGAAGACCCUUCUACGCCCGUGAAAACUGUGCCAGGACUUUGCCCUGACUACUGUGUACAAGUGUGGCGAAACUGCAGAUCCAUGUUCCAGUUCCUCACUCACGACCAAGAGUUACUGGCGCUGGAAAGCAACAUGGCAAAGUUCUGUCGUUACCUUUCCUUGGAGGAUGCUGACUACUGCUUCCCUCACCUCCUAACCAAUAAACGCCUUUCUCAAAACCUUGGGCUAGUGACUGCUGACACUGAAGGAUGCCUGCAGCUUUGUUUAACAGAGGUUGCCAACGGACUUAGGAAUCCAGUUGCCAUGGUGCAUGCAAAUGAUGGAACUCACAGAGUCUUCAUUGCCGAGCAAGUUGGCUUAGUUUGGGCCUACCUGCCAGAUCGUUCACGGCUUGAAAAACCGUUUCUGAAUAUCAGUGAAGCUGUACUUACCUCACCUUGGGAAGGCGAUGAGAGAGGUUUUUUAGGUAUUGUCUUCCAUCCUAAAUUCAAAUUUAAUGGUAAAGUGUUUGUCUACUAUUCAGUUGAAGUUCAGUAUGAAGAGAGAAUCCGAAUCAGUGAGUUCAGAAUUUCUCCCGAUGACAUGAAUUCUGUGGACCAUGGUUCUGAAAGGAUAAUUCUGGAGAUAGAUGAACCAGCUUCAAAUCAUAACGGAGGAGAACUACUGUUUGGAGACGAUGGCUAUCUUUAUAUCUUCACUGGAGAUGGGGGGAUGGCUGGUGAUCCAUUUGGGACUUUUGGAAAUGCUCAAAACAAGUCAACGCUCCUUGGCAAAGUGCUCCGGAUCAAUGUAGACAAUAACGACCGCGGGCCUCUCUACCGGAUUCCUCCUGACAAUCCUUUUGUUAACGAUCCUGAAGCUCGACCUGAAGUCUAUGCUUACGGAGCGAGGAAUAUGUGGCGCUGCUCUUUUGAUAGGGGUGACCCCAACACAAAGGAAGGGAAAGGCCGGCUUUUUUGCGGUGAUGUAGGGCAAAAUAAAUUUGAGGAAAUUGACCUUGUGGAGAAAGGGAAAAAUUACGGCUGGAGAGCAAGAGAAGGGUUCAGUUGUUACGACAAAAAGCUCUGCACCAAUUCCUCAUUAGAUGACGUGCUCCCAAUAUAUGCUUACCCACACAAAAUGGGGAAAUCAGUUACAGGAGGCUAUGUCUAUCGGGGUUGUGAGUCUCCAAACUUGAAUGGGCUGUACAUAUUUGGUGAUUUUAUGAGUGGACGUCUGAUGUCCUUGAAGGAGAACCGUGUCACUAGAGAAUGGCAAUACAAUGAAAUAUGCAUGGGAGUAGGACAAACCUGCAUGUUUCCUGGGCUUAUCAAUAAUUACUAUCAGUACAUCAUCUCUUUUGCUGAAGAUGAGGCAGGGGAACUGUAUUUCAUGUCAACUGGAAUACCAAGCGCUACCGCUCCUAAUGGAGUAGUUUACAAAAUAAUUGACACCUCCCGGAGAGCACCACCUGGCAAAUGUCGUAUUGAGCCUCUACCAGUAAAAACAAAAAGUAAACUCGUCAAGUUUGUUGGAAAGGAAAAGCUUAUAAUAAAAACAUCAACACAACGUCCUAAAGUACAAACCACGACUCGAACUCCAGCAAGGGCCAAAGUGACAGCAGAACCACCUCGGGUCACAACUCCAGACUGGGUGGAACAAAUCUUGACUCUCCUAAGAAGCCAAAACAGAGUGCUGAUGACCACUGCAGCUCCAAAAACCAAAGCACCAAAGCCCAGAAAAGGAGGAAGGACUGGGGGAAGGCGAGGACAGAGGAGGAAAAACAAGCCAACCACUGCUCCCUCACAGCCACGGAAUGGUGCGGUCCGAAUAAUGAAUGGCAGCGUGAAAGGGAAGCACCAAGGGAGGGUGGAAAUCUUUAUCAACGGAGAGUGGGGCACCGUGUGUGAUGAUUUGUGGACUUCCAAGGCAGCUGCGGUUGUUUGCCGCCAGUUGGGCUAUGCUUUUGUGAUCAGGGCAACCAAGAAAGCAGAGUUUGGGGAGGGACGUUCGCUUCCUAUUCUUCUUGAUGAUGUUCAGUGCUCAGGCCGGGAGAAAACCCUACUGGAGUGCUCACACGCAGAUGUCGGGAAGCACAACUGUUCCCACAAAGAAGAUGCAGGAGUGAUAUGUAGUCAUGAAGAUGUCACUGAGACUGAACAAUAGGUGGGAUAGGAGCAUUGGGUGGCUGGCCUGCUUUAAUUUUUUUUAAUGCCUUUGUCUGGUGUGAAUAGUUUAUGAAAUGAAUAAAUCUUGAUUGAGGAAUUGUGAAUAUUGAAUGAA